AUGUCAGAUAGUCAGUUGUCUCAUCCAUUUGGUCAAGGUUAUUUUCCUCCUGCAUAUAAAUUCAACACAAAUCGAAUAACUUCGAAUAAUCAACAAUCUCAGAAAUAUGUGUCAACAACAAAUGCUGUUCAUUACCAAAAUCAAUCAUCAACAAAACUACCACAACAAUCUACGACAUCGACAAACUCCUUUCAACGAUGGAAUUCAGCUUCGACAUUUAAACAGCCACCGCCUGCUCAACCGCCAACAUUGUUUCCUCGACAUAAUUCUGCAUCAUCACUUACACAACAACAGCAACAACAAAAAACUUUGUCGUCAAAUAAUGCUGCUCCAGCUGCUUCUCACAUCCAAACUUACAUUCAUGACCAUUUCUCUCUCUCUUCCUCAUCCUCUCGUUGGCGUCCAAAUCAAUCGACUGGUGGUAGUCAACAACAACCAAAACUAAUUGGUCUCACAACAGUGCCACGAACAAAUAAUCCGACAUCAACAGUAUCAAAAUUUCAAUUAAUCUCUUCAGCUGAUACUCGCCGUAUGCCAGAAGUUGAAAUUGCACUAAAACAAUUGUUAUUAAACAUUCAAACGUCUCCUAAAGAGGGUGAUGAAAUACAAGAACCAAUAACGUUAAAAGAAGUACAACUACAUCCAUAUCAACGAUAUGCUCUAGCGUGGAUGAAUUGGCGAGAACAGACGGCUCCAUCAGGCGGUAUUUUAGCAGAUGAUAUGGGUCUUGGUAAAACUGUAACAACCGUUGCAUUUAUUCUUUAUCGAAUGGAAUCGUCGUCGAUAACAACUGCAUCUUCAUCUACAAAUGAAAAGUUAAUACCUACAACAUUAAUUGUUGUUCCUGCGACUCUGAUGCAUCAUUGGGAAGCGGAAAUAGAUCGUUUAUCAUCAAUGAGAUGUUAUAUUUAUCAUGGUAGUUCUAGAAAACGAGAAAUUGAGAGAGGAAUUAAAUUUAAACAAUAUGACGUCGUUUUAACAUCGUAUGAAAUUGUAAGAUCAGAAUAUGGUCAACAAACAACAGCAAUUGAACAAUCGAAUCCCUUGUUCAGUGUGAAAUGGACACGUGUUAUUUUGGAUGAAGCACAUCGUAUUCGCUCUCAUACAACUCAAACAGCACAUGCCUGUGUUGGUCUUGUAGCAAUUUAUCGCUGGUGUUUAACUGGUACACCGAUUCAUAAUAAAGCCGAUGAUUUUUAUUCAUUAUUAAAAUUUUUACAUUAUGAACCAUUUGAUAUUCAUGGAACAUGGAAAAUAUUUAUAUCAAAUAAAGAAAAAUUUCAAGAAAGAAUGAAAUGUUUAGUCAGUGCUCUAUUAUUAAGACGAACAAAACAAGACAAAAAUCAUCUUGGUCAACCACUCGUACCACUUCCAUCUCGUACCGUCGUCGACAUAUGGUUGAAUUUGUGUGACGUUGAACGUAAUUAUUACGAGAAAAUUCGUAGCAAUAUGACAUCGACAUAUCAAAAAUUUCUUCGACUUCGUCAACAAAAGCAAAAAACGAAUACAGUCGUUUUAUUUACAUUGAUGUUAAAAUUGCGUCAAGCGUGUAAUCAUUUAUCAUUGGUACAGCGUAUUUCAUCAGAUGAUGGUCAAGAUGUUCUAGAUGAAGUGAAAAAAGAUGUUGAUUUAGAAUUGUCAAUGUUCAAUUUGGAUUUAAAUGAUACAUUGACAAAUGAUGAGAAUAUUCAAAAUACACAAAAUGAUAUGGCAAAACAACAGUUUGAUCAGACAUACAUGAGUACAAAAUUAAAAUGUUUAUUGGAUAAAUUAAAUGAAAUUGUCAAACAAAAACAAGAAAAAUGUAUUGUUGUAUCGUCGUGGGUUGGUAUGUUGGACAUUAUUCGUUUUCAUUUACACAAGAAAUUAUUAAUUCGAACAUCAACAAUAAGUGGUCAAGUUAAAAUUUCAGAACGACAGCAAAUAGUUAAACAGUUCAAUGAUAGUAAUGAUAAAUUAAAUAUGGUACGCUCUAUUUUGUCUUUGUUUCCCUUUUAUUAA